UAACUUGUUCUGCUUUUUGACUGAUGAAAGUUUGUUUUGUUUUGGGAAAAAAAAUCUUAUAAAAUGACGCGGAGACAAUAUUCACGAGUUUUUGGAGGUCCAAACCUUGCAACAAGCGGAUUUAUGCCUAGCGGUCUUAGGCAUAACUCUAUGUAUUGCCAAGAUGAAACGAAGCGAGAAAAAGAAGUCUAAAACAAAAUUGUUUGGACGAUCGAAAGCGCAACCCAAAGAAGAAACAACUACCACUUCUGUGACUACCCAGUUGUUUACUGAACCUGUAACAAAAACUUUAUCUUCGUCUGUGAAUUUAACUUCUCAACCUGUAUUAGGAGCUACAUCGUCGAAUGUCCGAUUGCAUUCAGAGCCAAUCCAAGAGACUAUUACCACUGUCCGCAAAUUCAGUGGGCCCAUAGAAGAAACUUCAUCUUCGGUUUCACGAAUUCUGGGAACAUCACCUAUUGAAGAAAUAACAACAUCGAUCUCACAGUUGCGAUUAGAACCUACCGAAGAAGAAACUACUUCGGUAAUAAGAUUGCCUGGUAAACCUGUGGAAAAAAAUACUACUAUUACAAGACGAUUAGUUAGUGAACCUAUUGAAGAAACAUCUUCAGCGUCGCGCUUCCUUAGUGAAUCUGCAGGAAAAGGAACUAAAUCGGUCAAGCAGUUGGUUAGUGAACCCAUUAAACAAACCAUUUCUUCUGUUUCUGAAGUGUUUUCUAAACCAGUAAGUGAAACUGUUACUACUGUACAGUAUCCUAUCAGUGGACCUGUAGAGCAAACUACCUCUUCAAUUCAACAAUUGAUUGGUACUGAGAUAGAAGGAACUGCUCAAUCUGAUUCGAAAUUAAUUGGUGAAUCUGCCAAGGAAACUGUUACUGAAUUAAGUGCUAAACCUGUUGGAAAGUCUGUUAUUACUUCUAGACAAUCGAGUAGUGAUCCUAUUGAAAAGGUUGUUACAACUUACAGAAAAGUUAUUAUUGAACCCUUAGAAAAUACCUCUACUUUGGCCAAGCAAGCAAGUACUGAACCUGCAGAAAAAACUGUUACUAUUACCAGAGAAUUUAUUAUUAAACCUAUUGAAGGAGUUGUUCAACCUUUGAUUAGUAGACCUUUAGACCAGUCAACUUUAUCUACAAGUGCAAUAAGUAAACCCUUUGAAAACAUUACUACAUCAGUGAGUCAAUUAAUUACUGAGCCUACUGAAAAAACAGUUACAUCAGGUAAGCGAUUAACUGGUGUGCCUAUAGAAAAAUCUACCAGUACUGUAAAGCAGUUGAUUCGGGGGCCUUUAGGAAAAGCUGUUUCUCCAGCAAGCCAGUUAUUUAGUAAACAAACUGAAAAAUCAACAACUCCUGUCAAACAAUUAAUUAAUGAACCUACAAAAAAAAUUACUACUUCACUUGGUCAGUUAACUACAAGACCAGUUGAAAAAACUACAACAUCAAUCAGACAAUUAACCAGUGAAGCUGAUGAAAAAAUCACUUCUGAUGUGAAGCAGGUAGUUGCUCAACCUGUUGAAAGAACAAAUACUUUAAUUCAGCAAAUAAGCAAUGAACCUAUUGAAAAAACUUCUACAACAUUUAAAGAACCAAUUAAUAAGCCUACAGAAAAAAUUACUACUUCAGUCAGUCAGUUGGUAACUGAACCAGUUGAGAGAUCUAGAACACCAGUUGGACAAUUAAUUAGUGAACCUACUAAAGAAACUUUUACUCUGAGGCAAGUCAUUAGUGAACCUGUUGAAAAAACUACUACUAUUGUCAGACAGUUGAUCAGCAAACCUGUUGAAAAAUCUACUAAUACAGUCAAACAGUUAAUUGGCAAACCUGGAGAGAGAAUCACUACUUCAACUAAUCAGUUGAUUUCUGAACCGGUUGGGAAAACUGCAUCACUCAGAGAAUCAAUUGGAGAAUCUGUUGAAUUAACUGACACAACAUGUAAAAAAUUCAUUCAUGAACCUGCAAAGGAAAUUUCUACUUCAGUUUCAAUUAAUGAACCUAUAGGGAAAAUUAUUUCAAAAAUCAACCCUGUGCUUAGUGAGUCAGAUGAGAAGAUUUUCAUAUCAACUAGGAAACUAAUUGGUGAACCUAUUGAAAAACCAGCCUCUUUAGUUAGACAAGUGAGGUGUGAACCUGCAGAGAAAACUACUGCAAUAAUUGAUCAAGUAAUUACAAAACCUAUAGAAAGUACCAAAACAUCAGUUGGACAAGUCUUUGGUGAGCCGAUUGAAAGAUCUACCACUUUGGUCAGGCAAUUGAGCAGUGAACCAAGAGAGAAAACUACUACUUUAUACAGGCAGUUGGUUACUGAGCCAACAGAAAAAAAUAUCACAUCAGUUAGCCAAUUAUUUACUAAACCUGUUGUAAAAACAGCUGAAUCAGUCGGGCAGCUGACUGGUAAAUUUGAAGAAAAGAGAACUUUCUUGACCAGGGAAUUGAUGAGUGACACUGCAAGAGAAACUACCACUUCAGUGGCAGAGCUGCAUUUGGAGCCCGCAGAAGGCAAAACGACUCCCACUUUACAAGUGCCUUCAGAACCUGUUGGAAAUAUUCCUCAAUCUGUACGACCACGAACAGUUACUAAUAAAAAGAAAUCUGGAGAGGUAAAAACAUUGGGAAUAAAAGAAGGCAUUUCCCAGGAUCAACCAGCAGGCGAACGCACAUCACUGCUUGGAAGCAGCUUUGAAAUCCAUCCUGGUGUAUCGUAUGGUGGCAUUGCUGCUUCUUUUGCUGGACAUCCCGAAGCGCAUUCUAGUACAGAAUUUCUCAUGAGUUCUGAAGGUGGAUUAGUGUGGUCGGAGGAAGAACUAAAAAGGAAACUAAAAUAUUUUUUUAUGAAUCCCAUUGAAAAAUGGCGAGCAAAAGGUAAAUUUCCUUGGAAACUUGUUCUUCAGGUGGUGAAAAUAAUUUUUGUCACUGUGCAGUUGUGUGUAUUUGGAUCUGAUGGAUACAUAUAUGAACUGCAAAAACAAAAUACUGGUACGAGUUUUCAACACAUGUUUCUCAAGGAUUGGACUGCUUUGAGGGAUGUUGUUUCCUAUCCACCUUCAACUGGUCCUUAUGCUGUUUACACAAAACCUGAAUUUUAUGCUAAUGUUGAUCAUGUGGUGAAAACUUAUGCUAAUAUUACUAACAUUGCUUUAGGUACUUAUUGUUAUGAUGGGCCAAAUUGCACAAUGACAUAUAUUUCUUUUUGUCGCCAAGAAUUCAACAAGAUGGUUGCAUUUAAUCAGUCAGUUGUUUUUGACAGUCAUAAAAAAACAAUUUGCCAUAAGAUUCCUGAUUUAUUUCCUGAAGGAGAUCCUCGUUGGAAACAGUUUUCUAUCCAGCGUUACCUUGAUGACCAAAAUGAUACUGUGGCUUUUGAUAAAAUGAUUUCAGCUACUAUAACAUUCAGUCUGAAUACCAUUUUCUUGAAAUCUCUUGGUAGUAACAAAUAUCCAGAUUGUUAUAGGUUUGAUAUUGAUGUUCUUUAUGAUAAUAAGGAACAUGAUGGGCAGGUUUUGGUUAGCUUAGAUACUAAAGCUGAAAAGUUAAAUUGCAAUCACAAUGGGACCAUGAAUCCUGAAGAUAGAUGGGGCUACAUUUUAAGGCAAGUGUUGAAUUGCUUUAUUAUUUUCAUUUGCAUUUUGUCUCUUCUGCUUUGUAUUCGUUGUCUAGCAAAAGGUCGAUAUCUGUGCCGGGAAACCAACAAAUAUUUUAAAUUUUGUCAGAACAAGGCUCUCGCUACUCAAGAAAAAAUGGAAUUCCUUGAUAUGUGGUAUUGUGCUAUGGUUUUUAAUGAUGCAUUGAUAAUUGCAGCAUCUGUUUUGAAAGCUGCUAUUGAGCAAAGGACAGUUGAAAGUGAUCAGUAUGCAACAUGUGCUAUCCUUUUGGGUGUUGGCAACUUGCUAGUAUGGGCUGGUGUUUUACGGUAUCUUGGAUUUUUCAGCAAAUACAACAUCCUUAUUCUUACUAUGAAAAAAGCAAUUCCAAAUGUUAUGCGUUUUAUUCUCUGCUGUGUCCUCCUGUACGCAGGGUUCUGUUUCUGUGGCUGGGUUGUGUUAGGUCCAUACCACAUCAAAUUCCGCAGCUUGAGUAGUACUUCCGAGUGCCUCUUUGCUAUGAUGAAUGGUGAUGACCUUUUUGCUACUUUUGCUAUUACCAACACCAAUAAUGACUUAAUCUGGUGGUUCAGUAGGAUUUAUCUGUAUACUUUCAUCAGCAUGUUCAUAUAUGUUGUCAUAUCACUGUUUAUAUCUGUUAUUAUGGAUUCAUAUGAGACAGUUAAGGACCAUUACAGGAAUGGAAAUACUAUGACAAGAAUUCAGGUGUUACUUGCAGACAUCCCAGAAGAUUCUUGUUCGUCAUUUUACCAGCAGCGGCGCAAGCAGCAAAAGAACUGCUGGCAAUGGAUUGUAAUGUAUUUUAGAAAAUGAUAUCUUUGGUAGAAAUUCAAACUUAUAUAUUCUCUAUAGAAAACUUAGAAAUGUCUUUAUGUUGUAGAAUUCGUAGAUAAAUCAUAAAAGAAUGCAUGCUAUGAAAAAUGAAAUGGUAAACUUGAAAAUAGGUUUAAAAAAAUGUUUUUCUUAAAAGAUAGAUUUAGUGUGUAGUUUUCUCUAACGUUUCCAUAUUAUAUAGUAUACAGAAAUUUUGCUACUUAAUCAUCUUAUUAGAUUUUUUUUGUCUUUUAAGAAAUUUCAAGUAUUUUGUACCUUUAGGCAAAUAAAUACCCGGUUUUUGAUUAUUAGCAUGUAGAAAUGUAUAUAGCGUCUGUCCAUGUAUAAAUUAUAGUUUGUAGAUAAAAUUGUUAGGUUUUUUUUAUCUUUGCUUUUUUUUGGAUUGUUUUUAGUUAUUUAUUAUUUUAAUGAAAAAAAUUUGCUUGAAUGGUGAUUUUUUAAAGAAACUUUUUGAUAGCUAUGAAUAUGCUUUUUUUUAUGUAUUCAGUUUUUUUUUAAAUAUAAAAUGUGCUGCAUUUAAUGUUUUUUAAGAGUUAUUGUAAAAAUUUAUUUUGCUUUUGUGAAAGUUUAAAGAUAUGAUUACUUUGCAUUGUUGUUUUUGUCUUUAAAAUUAAAAAGAAAAACUAAUUAAAUUAAAUUAUGGUUUAUAGCUCACUCUUAUCUAAAAGGAUAGAAGGCUGGAAAUAUUAAAUAUCUGAAGCACUUUAAGACAGAUUAUCUGUAAAUCUUUAGUUACUCACAAGAAGGAAAUUUUAAAACCUUAUUUAUGUUAUUAGUUUUUCUUCAUUUAUUUCUGUUGGCCAGCUCAAUUUUUGCUCAGUAAGAAUUCUACUUAAAUUUCAUUUUCUUAUUUUUUUUCUCCAAAUGUUAAUUUAUAUAAGUAAAUUUUAGGAUAUGGAUUGUAUUUUUUAUAAUUGAUCUAAGGUAUUUGAAAAUGUACAUUUUUCUUUAUUUAGGAAUAUAUCUUUAUAAAACUGUUCUUGAUUAAAAAUUGACUUAAGUAUUAAAAAAAAAAUGUUUUUUUUAAUUAAAUAAAGUAUUUGAUGAUGAUUCAUAAAUAUAAUUUUUGACUGAAGAGUUUUUAAGGGAAAUUAAGAUAUUAAAUCAUGUUUUAGGACAAGAUUUAAUAUCUUAAUGAUUUAAUUUAUCAAUAAGGACAAGUUUAAAUUUGUGCUUAUUGAGAACUUAAUUAUUUGUUAUUUUUAGUCUUCAGUUUUCAUGUAUUUUAUAACAUCCAGAAUGUACCUUUCUUGUAUUCAAAUGGCUUAUAAAAAUUAUUUCAAUUUAUGAAAUUCAGUUAAAAUCAUAAACUUUAAUGAAUGAAAUUAAAUUUCAUUUGAAAUUAUUAGAAGUUUUUUGUUGCAAAUAUUGAUACUGUUUGGAAUAACCUGAAACAGUUAUUCAUUGCACAUGAUUUGUGAUCUGAAAUAUUGCAUACCAUUUUGGUUCUAAUGGAAUUAUGUGAUGAUUUGAACAGCUAUUUUAAAUUAAUUAGAAUUAUUUUAGUUUUGAAUCUUAAAUGAUUAGUGCCAAAAUCAUCAAUAUUCUUAUGCAUCUCUGUGUCACAUAACUUCUAAUAAGGUAAAGUUAUUAUUUGAUAUUGACAUCAAUUUAUAGAAAUUUAUUAUUUUUUUAAAACAGUAAGUAACUUGUGUGAAUUCUUGUGUUUUAAAAGAAAAUAUUUUAUGUAAUGUUUUUAGCAGAAUUUCAGUAAUGAUUUUCUUGAUAUGAUUUCAUUAUAAUCUGUUUUUAUUUCAGCUCACAGAAAUGUUUUUAUUAUAACCAGUAUGUAUGGCUAGUAAAAUAAAGGAAUGAUUUUUGUUUUUACCUUGAUAUUUAUUGGUUUUAUAACAAAGCCUCUUAAACUGUAGAUAUCAACUCCAAGUUUAGUUAUGUUGUGUGAAAUCUGUUUAGUUAUAAAAGCUUUUUCUUUUGCAUUAUUCAAGAUUUUUAGAAAAAAAAAAUAAGGUCAUAUUGACCUAAAGAAUUGUUUUAGAAUUUGUUGAAUAAUUCUUUUUUUUUAUUAGUUAAUUUUUUCUUUUCUUUUCUCUCUCAUUUUCUUUUCUGAUUUUAGCUUUGGAUGCUGAUCAGCUUUGUCAAAUGGAUAUAGGGUUAUGAGAUGGAGAAAAAAAAUUUUCUAUUAGAAAAUUUCUGUUGAAUUGUUAUAUAGAGUUAUUCUUUAUUCUUGACAUUAUAUAUUUAGAAAAAUUGCUUUUGCCUUAAUUAUAAUAAAUUUUCAAAACUUUCAUAGCACAAUGAAAAUUUUGUAUAUAAAAUGUUUAUGAUAAACAAAUUACUGUAUAAUUUUAUAUAUGCCAUUUUGAGAAAGGAAAUUGAAAAACAUAAAUUAAUAUAUUUUUAUAUUUGGUUUUAUAAGUACAGAUAUGCUAUAUUCUAUAAGUAUAUGUUUUAUAAAAUGCAUAUUGUUUUAUAUAAUUAGAAGAAUUACAUAUAAUUUUAACAUAUUAAUUUAUUUUCUAAUAUGAGAAUUUGUUCUUGUGGUACUUAAUUUUAAAAAUAGACUUUAAAUGGCCCUUAUAAAUUCAACAUUAAAUAACAUGUGAUAUUUGAGGCCAGUUAUAGCUAAACUAAAGCUUCAAGCUGCCAGAUCCUUUCUUUAUAAAAAUAUUUUAAAUUGAUUGCAUUUUUUUUAUCGCAUCUUAUGUCAGAGUUUCAUUAUUCUUCUAAUAAAUUUGAGAAGUGAACCUGAAAUGGUGAAAUAUUCACCAUGUCUUCAGCACAUAUAACAAACAACACAAGCUGCAAAAGCACAUUAAUAAAUAAUUGUGAGCUUGGGCCUUUUUUUAAGGGCUUUUUUUAAAAUUCAAUAACCUAAUUUUAUUUUAAAGAAUUUUUUUCUUUGUUUAUUUUGAUGCUUUUGAAGUAAAAAGGAAAUUAAUUUAAAAAUAUAGAAUUUACUGUAUGUCACAGUAAGAAAAUAGAUAUGGAUUCAUGCAUACUGAAUAUUACUUUUUAUUUUAAAUUGAAAAUGUGAAUAAAAUUUUGACAAUGAAAUAUGGUUAAUGAAAUGUUAUAAUUAGUAUUUUUAUUAUUUGAAAAUAAUUUGUAGGUAAUUGAAUUUUGGAUUAAUUUUUUGCAUAAUUUAGAGUAAGAUUUUCAGCAUGAGUUGCAUUAAUUAUACUGUUUAUUAUGAAUUUAACUUGAAAGUUUGAAUUAGACUUAUUAAAAUCCAUGUAUUUAUUUUCAAUCUAUUUAAGGACUUUUUUUUUUGGAUAGACAUAGUCAAUUAGUGUAUUUCUUCACUUUUUUUUUGUAGCUAAAUUCUAGUUUUGAAACUAUAUUUGGCAAAGAGUUUUCCCCCCCUUUUC